AACUAAAAUAAAAAUAGAAUAAUAGUUAAUAGAUGAAAAGUUAAAUUUAGCCGAGUAUAAAUCUAGAGCGAUGUCAUGGAUGAGCAACCACGACAGAAGGGAUGCAACACCUGAAACUCAGACCUGUGCUCUCGCCAUGCCUAAAAUGCCCAUUUGUCUCUCUUAACUUCUACAACACAAAACCCUUCUCUUCUUCUUCGCAGUUUUCUCCGUGGUCUGGUCUCCGGAGCUGGAGAGAAAGCUCACUUAAUGAGAAUCGCUUUUGGGGCCCCAACGGCCCUCAACUACAGCCCCAAUCAACUGACAUCAUUGACACUCAACUAGAUGUUUCUGCGUCCUCUCUCGCGGAGCUUGGUGCUGUGGUUCUCUCCACCGGCGAUCCUCUCACUAAAGCCAAGCUCUCUCACCUUGCCUUCUCUCGCUGGCGCAAUGAGAAUCUGCCUGUUGGAGUCUGCCAUGGCCCAUCUCGACCUGCACGGCCCCCUAAACCUCAAUUGGUCACACCAAAGGAGAUCCCGGCCCCUAAAAACUCAGGCUUGCCUCUUAAUGCUUAUUUGCUUCAUAAUCUUGCUCAUGUGGAGCUAAAUGCAAUUGAUUUGGCAUGGGACACUGUUGUUCGGUUUUCACCCUUCUGUGAUAUUCUUGGGGAAGACUUCUUUGCUGACUUUGCACAAGUUGCUGAUGAUGAGAGCCGCCAUUUUGGGUGGUGUUCACAGAGGCUUGCUGAGCUUGGUUUCAGUUAUGGAGAUAUGCUUGCUCAUAACUUGCUCUGGAGAGAGUGUGAGAAAUCAUCGGACAAUGUUGCUGCACGUUUAGCUGUCAUCCCAUUAGUACAGGAGGCUAGGGGACUUGAUGCUGGGCCACGUUUAGUGCAAAAAUUGAUUGGCUUUGGGGAUCACAGGACGUCUAAUAUUGUGGCUCGCAUUGCUGAGGAGGAAGUUGCACACGUAGCCCUUGGUGUUUACUGGUUUGUGUCAGUCUGUCAGAAGAUGAAUCGUGCCCCUUGCUCCACAUUUAAAGACUUGUUAGAGGAUUAUGGUGUGGAGCUGAAAGGACCCUUUAAUUAUUCAGCCAGAGAUGAAGCUGGCAUUCCACGCGAAUGGUAUGACUGCUCAUCAACAAAUAAACAGGACAUGAAAGAAAGGGAUGAUAAGAAUCACCAGCUCUCAGCGGUUUAUGAUAGGCUCACUUGCAUUAUCUCUUUGGAGAAUGAACAUUCAAGUUUAAACAGGCCUCCUUGAUGACUUGUAUUUAGUAUAAUUGCUUCGAUUCAGGAGUAUUUUUCUCUAAGUUAACCAACUGGCAUGAAGCAACCCUGUUGAGUUGCUUCUUGUGUAAUAUGGCUUCAUGACCAUGGUAUGUAAUAGAAUAUCUUGUUUACCAUUAAAAGAAGCUCAGAAUUGUCUUCAGGAAGUGGUUCUCUGGCAU